AUGUAUGACACCGGAGACGCGCUGCUGCAGGCCGGCGGCACGGUGGGAGCGUGCAUCCCAGCCGAGAUGUGGCUCCUGCUCGCUGCGGCCAACCAUCAGCAGCACCAGCAGCAUCAGCAUCCCACAACAGCAACGGUGGAGAGGCUCGGUGCGGAGUUGGCACGUGGCGCGCUGCAGGCUGUGACGGCGCAUGUCGCGACGGUUGAAAGUGGCGUGGCGGAGGAGACGUCGGCGGAGAAUUGCGCCGCUCUACUCACCGCGUUGGCUUCGAUGCAUUACUUGGCAACAUACUUCACACUCGUUGGAACUGCGACCAAAGAGGGGGGUAAUGAGGAUGAGGAUGCACUAUCGCUGCUGGGCUCAGCGAGUGCAACACGACGUGGGUUGCAGGAGCUGCUGGCGAAGAGCGUGUUGACAUCAGAAGGGCUCCGGCAUGCGUUUCUUCGUUUGCGUAACAGUCCGAGCGGUGUCUCUGCUGCUGCUGCGGAUGAGUGGAACAUUGCCACGCUUGAUGUCAGUGCGUUUGUAGAGGCAUGCUGGGCUUCACUGACACACGCGCGUGUUCGACUGGCUGCUGCUGCUGCUCUUGUCUUACCCGAAACGCACGCCGAGGCGCCACGGGGCUACGCCGCAGCCAUGGCCGUCAGCUUCGAAGAGAAGUGCAUGGGCCUCACAAACGUGACAGGGCGCCUUCUACCGGAUGAGCUCUGCACAAUGAUUGAGAUUGUGAACCUCAUGCAUCAUCAGAGGCAGGUGGUGUCGGCUGACUCACAGCAACAACAACAGCAGCAAACAUACACACGCGAGAUGUACAUUGCCGAGAUAUUCGUCCUUCACAGCAUCGCCCUGACGAAGCACGGCCUGGAUGCCGCCCCCAAGAUGAUCAACUCUGUCCUCGGGCUCCCUGACGACGUCGACCUCGGCAACGGUGCCACGUCACCACCACCAGCAGAAGCAGACGCAGAGUUUUUAUCUCGUGUGGAGUUGGGACGGAGUUUGAGGCGUGCAGUCGAGCAGACGCAGUGGCCGUGGUUUCUCUUCCCACUCUACGACGACGAGGUCACAAGCAAGUUGGCGUGGUGUGUUUGGAUGCAGCGGACAUUGGGGGUGCAUCAGCGCAUGAAACACCUGCUGGGGUGGGAGGUGAUCCUUUGCCACGCGUUGAGGUGGGUGGUAUCGCACCGCGAGUCGCAGCGGGACUGGCACAGCCCCAACAGCAGCAGAGGCAACACCAGCAAAAACACUGCACACGCUGAGAAGGCGGAGAUGUACAGUUUGCUGGAGAAGCUGUAUUGUGGCAUACUUCCGCGGGCAGGUGGGGCCAUCACCGCUUCUACUGCUGCCGCAGACACGCUGAGGGCGCUCACCGCCUACGCCGCGCCACACGCGGAGGAAUCAAUGGAGCGCCGCCUCUUUGAUGCACUGGCGGUGACCGCUACGGCUUGCGAGCCGGCAACAGCCGUCGCCAUUGUGCGUCUUCUUUCACACACUAUUAUCGAAGAGGAAAACAUCCAGAACGGCGCCUCAAGCUAUGUUCCUACGCCUAUGAAUAGUGGCGGCGGUGCAAUGACGUCUUCCUUUGGUGCCGAGGGGCUUUUACGGCGGUGGGCGGCAACCGGGCGGCUGAGCGACGAGGCGCCGCCACAAGGCGCAGUACUUUGGGACCUGGAUAACUUCGUGGAGCUGCUGCAGGCGGUGGCGGGGCAGCACGAGUGCACCACUCUAUGCAGUGAUGGGGUUGAAACCAUUAUUCUACAGCAACUCGUGGAAGGCAUCGCGCGUGAGUAUCUGCAGCAGCACCUCCCAUUGACUACCUUUGAGCGUGAGGUGCUGUCUCGCGCACUGGAGGAGGUCAUGUGGCACCCUGAUUCUUUACAUGAGGCACUGGCUGAGACACCACUAUGA